UCGGGGGCGGGAGUAAACCAAGCAUCGUUAGACAGAUGGCACACACGGUUGAGUCCCUCCAAAAAAAUUCCUCAACAAAGCCGAUUUGGGACGCCAUGAUUGAGGCCAAUCAGCUGGCGGUUGACUGUGUCAAGAGCUUGGAAGACGCGCUCUGGCUUCCAGGGGGCUGUAUGCAAAAGCACCAGGUGAAGACAGCUUUCGAGUUGUUUUUUUACUUAUUUCAUAUUUCAGAGAAGAACCGCCGUUCUGCCCUUCCUUUGGCCUUCAAACCGAGCGGGAAGUUGGUUGACUUCGUCUCAGAGUUAGAGGUCAAGGUUCAGGAACACCCUCACCAUCAACCCCUCGCCACAGCAGCAGCAUUGCAAGCACAAAAUCAUGAUGUUGCGUUUUCUGACCAUCUUGUUGUCCCUCGGCUCCCUGCUUGCAACAACACCCAUCCAUCUGAAGCCUGGUGCCCUCACGGCACACAUAGGAGAGGUCUUCCUCAUAGAAGAUGUGCUCCUCGUAAAAUAUCCAUAUACUUCCUUGACCAACACCACGGACACACUCAGGAUAGUCUCAGAAAAACUACUCGGCAUGGCAGACGCCAUCCGGGCUACCAAGACUAGGGAAUCAAAGGCUCCUUCUAGUACCAACUCUGACUCUUUUUCAACUACUGGAGGAUAGGAUUCUGUUCUUACGGGGAAAAGUUGAUGAGGUAAACAUGGAUUAUAGUUUUCACUCAGUUCACUCUCGGGUAAAGAGGGGGUUGCUCAACAUCGUUGGGUCCGCCUCAAAGUUCCUUUUCGGUACGGCUACCGACGAGGACGUUCGCGUUUUGCGGGACCACUACGCUCAUGUACUUUCCUUUGCUGCUCGAAAUCGCAGGGUGAUCAAUGCCAAUUGUAGGAAACUUGCGCAAUUGCAUACUAACAUUGCGGUCCUGCUAGAGCAGACAAAUAAGAUGGUAGAGGUUAUCAACAUAGUUGUCAAACAGAUCGACCAGGUGAAUCAGUUUCUCCUCCUAGAUCAGGCCUUGCAUGUAUUGGAAAACGUCAUUACCUCCGUCGCAACGGCUAAUCAGCAGGUUAUUAGCAACAUGGUUGAUGCAGCGCACGGUAGAGUCACACCUGCCUUGGUCCCUCUACACGAUUUGAGAACGACUGUCCAGAUCGGGUAUCAAAAUUAUAGCCUGACGCCUUUAUUCACCCCGGACAUGAGUCAAUAUUUUUACCCCUUGAUUGAGUCCAGCCUCACCCCUGAUGCCAUAAUCAUUCAUGUUCCGUUUCA